AGCAGCGAAAUUCUUUUCUUCCCUCUUUUUGGCUGUACAAUUGCCCAAGAUACCAAUUAGUGAUUGUCGUGAAAAUUAACGAACAUUCUAAAUAUACAAGCAAUAGUGUGUUUGUGUGAAUGUUUAAGAAGAUGGCUGACGACAAGUGUUGUUUGGAAAAAUUAAAAAGUAUGCGAGAAAAGGUCAACUGGGAGUUCGAAGAUGAGCGACGUGAAUUCCUCCGUCAACUUUAUCCCUUGAUGGAAGAUUGGAAGGGCCAGCUUCCAAACAUUCGCGACUUUUUUGAUAACGACGAGAUGGAUUGGCUACUCACGGAGUGUGUAUCAACAAUGGUGAACGCUAUGUUAAAAAGUUAUCGUUCGUCAAAUUUGUGAUCAGCGCCGGCUACAGAGACGAGCCCGAACUCGGUGAAGACGGCGAGCCAUUGCUGCUUCGCCGUACAGCAGUGCAUCGCGUUAAUAAAUUAGACGAGACUUACGUAAUCCACAGGGAAUCGAUCACCCUUCUGUUCAAAAUAUACGCCAGGUGGGACGUGAACUACAUUAACGAAUACGGCGAGACGCAUUUCUACGUAGCCUGCAAGUUUGCCUGUGACGAGGUCGUCGAGGCAUUCCUGGAGCUCGGCCGGGUGGAUCCCAAUCUCAUCGUGCCACAAACAGGUAAUUCGCCGCUACUUGGCUGUGGAGGGUAUGUUCCACGCAUCGGUGAUGAUUGAACUGCUGAGAAAUGGGGCCGAUCCUAAUUUGCCCAACAAAGCUGGAGAAACUCCUCUGCACAUUAUAUGCAGUCACGACUAUGAUAAACUCAGUCAUUCCUUGCGCCUUUUUCUCAUUUUCAACGACAGUGCGAAUCAAACCGUUCAUAUAGACGCAGUUAAUAUUAACGGCUGCACACCGCUGCACUAUGCCCUGUGGCACAACAAAAAUACAAAUAUAGUUGAAUCGCUGCUGAGAAGAGGCGCCAACCCGAACUUGGCCUCCAGGGAGGGACUCACUGCUCUUCAUUAUGUCCAUGAUAUUGAGAACGCGGAGAUGUUGUUCCGCAUCGCCUACGAACUUGAUCAGCCGUUGCUAGUCAAUGCCGGCGACAAGGAUGGUUUUAGGCCACUACAUCAUGCUGUACUCAUUCGCAACAAAGAGGUGGCCAAACUUCUGCUGCGAAAAGGCGCCAAACCUAAUCUUGCUAACAAAUACGGAGUGACACCUCUACACAUGAUUUGGGAUGAUAACUUUACGGAGACAUUCCUCACGAUCAAUGAAGAUCUCAAUCUGCAGGUAGAGAUCGAUGCUCAAGACAUUCAUGGUUUCACACCAUUGCAUUAUGCUCGGUACCAUAAGCAACCAAGGGGUGUCAAAUCGCUACUAAAAAGAGGCGCCGGUCAGAAGAUGUGUUAAAGAGGGUAAAGAUAUUUCUACAAAUUAACUAAUAUUCUUCAAGAUCAAAAACGACAAGAAUCAAAUAGAACAUUUAGCCUCGAACAUGUUAGGCUGCACACUCUGCUGCUCAGACUCUGUUGUUUUCUUUAUUAAUGAGUGUUAAAAUAAAUGAAUGCAUUUGCCACUGUUGUUAUUUUAAAAUACCAAGUUAUGUUUAGAAACGAUUGAAAAUCCAUGGAAACCUGUAUUAUAUCAUGAGGCUUUAUAGAUCAGCCUUAACAUAUGUAAUAAUCAUUAAUUUACUAUAAUGAAAAAAAAAUUCAAUAAACCAAUUGAGAACAUUCA